AUGGUGGAAAGCGCGAAGGCCGACGUGUGGCAGACCGUCAAAGCCAAAAUAAACAACCCCAAGGCUAAGACUAUUGUUUGUGGAAAGGCGAUAAUUAUCAUACCCGACGAUGCCAAUACGUUGGAGGUGAUGCGAGGCUUGCAAAAUGUUAAAGAGAUUGGCCCGAAGAAGCCGCGAGUCAUUAUUUAUGACGUAGAAAGCGGCAUUGUUAAGGAAGAGCUCGCCGAGUGUCUUCUUGCACAAAACGCAGAGCUCGGUCUGACCGAUGAGGAUAUAAACAAUAUGAUUCCGCUCCAUAAUUUGGCCCCGGAACGGCGAUACGGUCCACUGGGUGGUUGUAGUAUCCCAGAGUGUUCAAAACAAGGUUGCCUAACCGGCAAUGACCGAACCUGUGAAAAUCAUUCAGCACAACACGAACAGGCAAAAAGUUGCCAGCCAGCAGUUGAGGGAUAA